UUGAGGGACUGGUCCGAGAGAGUGAAGCGCAAGGCAUCUAAAUGUCGUGCCUUUGCAUAUCAUCGAGAAGGCGAAGAGCGUGCGAUCACAUCAUAUUUCAACGCGUUUUCUUGAGCUCUCAUGUCUGACUAUUACUGUAACUUUUCGAAAUAGCUUCUUAUUGUUGCAAAAGGGAACUCGAUUUAAUAUUCCCCCAGAAUUCAAUCAAUUAGUAUGUACCACACAAGUGAAUAGUGUUUUCCACCCAUUCUGAUCGGCUAGCUCGGAGGUGAAUAGCAAGUACUAUUCACAUCCAAUUCGGUGAAUAAUUUGUAAAUUAUGGGUGCUUGCCAUUCAGCCAGAAAAAUCUGGGAACGUCGGUUGUAAGUCAAAUGGAACAUCAACUCACUCCUCCUUCGGAACGACCGAAAUUUCCUCACCAUUUGCUGAAUUCCCCAAUUAACGGAAGCAACAAUGGCAAACAAUAACAUCUCACUCGAUUUGCUUGCUGAGUUUUGGAAAUUCAAAGAUCAUCCCCGCUACUUGUAACAAAUGAUACCUAAUGGUAAGCACCCUUGUAUCAUGGUGAUGGGCCUCUUGGCUCGUAUGCAGACUGAACUCUUACCUUACCUCAUAUACAUCUUCUACUUAACCCACAGAAAAAUAAAAGCUAGAAAGUUUAAGACUGCGAGACACCAGAAGGCAUCGUCGUGAUCAACAGGCUUCUUCACGAAGCAUGAAUAAUUCUACAACCUUCACUCUUUACCAAAGCAGCUCAACAGCACCAGGGAUCACCGCCUUUACACAAAUCGCCUAUUCAAUAAUCGCAACAGUUGCGUUUUUCGGCAACAUUCUGGUUAUUUCAAUCUUCCUCCGUGAUAGAAAGCUUUUAAAGAAGUCUUACAACAUGCUUAUUCUCUCCCUGGCCAUAGCGGACGUGUUGACUGCCAUUCUGCUCAUCACAAAUCCAGCUUUUGUUCUUGGUGACGCGUUUCCUUAUCCAAGCAAUCACGUGCUGGCCAACAUCUUCUGCCGAGUGGUAUGGAGCCGUGUAUUUCUCUUCCAGCUGGUCAUUUUCUCGGCAUACAUCUGCUUAGCGCUGACGAUUGAGCGGUGGUACGCUGUGAUAAAACCUUUCCGAUAUGGCGGAAUCUUUAACAACAAACGAACUCUCGCUUACAUUUUCAGCGCUUGGGUGUGGUCGCUAAUAUUAUGCGGUAGCACUUUCUUCGAGGUCCUGUACGUUCCCUCAAAUGCGCCAACCCGACGAUGCAAGUGGCAGUUCUUCUGGGGUAAACAGCCUGUCCGUACUAUUGUGGGCAUCAUUCAAGUCUUGCUAAAAAUGGCGCUUCCAAGCUUCAGUAUGCUGACACUAUAUGCUCACAUGCUUUACAAGACAAGCAAGUCUACUUCGGCCUCAGCUGAAAGCAGAGCCAAAAUGCGCGGGAAAAUGACGCGUAAGGUUGGUGCCGCGUGCCUUGUGCUUAUUUUGUGUUUAGCACCAAGUCAGACCAAUUACGCGUUGGCAAUGGCGGGAAAAGUGCGGAUGGACACCAAACUACACCACGCCCUUUCUCUUUUGGUCUUCAUAAGCAGUUGUGUGAAUCCGUUCAUUUACGGGCUAAGCAACAGAAAUUACCGUGUCGGAUUUCAAAGAUUACUGUGUCAGAAAUGCAACAGGGCGAUACAAAGCACAAGAAAGCUAAUGAACAGAAAGAUUCGAUCCGAGAUCGAUAAGUCAGAGGAAGGUUCAUACCUGGAAGAACACAGAAUUGGAGGAAGUACCGACAGAUAUAGACUGGAAGAGUGUCAUACACGAGCCAUUACUAAUGGCUGGGAAAACAAAAGCAAUAUUGUGGAUAGAUAUCUUCCUUGUUCUCUUGACUAUUCGCUCACUAGACAUUAUAGUGUGUAGCAUCACCGUCUAUUUUUAUGAUCCUUGCAGUAUUCUGGCGACACAUAAGGGUGAAUCUAAAUACAAAUGACGAUUAGCAAAAUCUCGAUUUAUUAUUCAAGUUCUUCGAUUUAUUACUCAAGUUUUUCAGCUAAGGACACCCGCGAAGGUCUACGGUAACCCUAACUGUGUUAUGCUCUCUAGCGGGGACAGAAGUUAUAGGAGUACAACAAACAGCUGGCCCUAGUUGUUCGAAGGCUGGAUAACUCUAUCCACCGGAUAAAUCGCUAUCCAGAGGAUAGCGUCUUUUGUUUCGUUUACACUUAUCCAUUGAAUAGCGAUUUAUCAUCUUUGAUUAUUGUUUAUAGUAGAUUUUUAACUUUUAGUACAUUUAAGAGGGCCACAAAUUUAUUAGUUGAUAAACUAUUACGUGUCACCCUCGAUAAAUAAAGUUUUGAUUGAUUGAUUGAUUGAUUGAUCGAUCGAUUGAUUGAUAGCGUUAUCCAGCCUUCGAACAAUUGGGGCCAGGUCCUCUGGAGUACAAACACCAUGGGAUACCGCGCGGUUUUUUUCUUUUUAUUGCUGUAGUUGUUGUUGUUCUUGUAUUCUACAGAGUGGAGUUGUACUUUAGUACUACCAAAGUAACGCAACGCUGCCCGUGUGCAUGACUUCGGCCCGCGGCUGCCAAGGAGACUAGUAACUAACAAACAGCUCUGGAAUACCAACCAAGAGAAA